AUGGUCAGCUCCUGUUGUGGCUCCGUCUGUUCUGACCAGGGCUGUGGCCAAGGCCUCUGCCAGGAGACCUGCUGCCGCCCCAGCUGCUACCAUACCACCUGCUGUAGGACCACCUGCUGCCGCCCCAGCUGCAGUGUGCCCAGCUGCUGCAGGCCCCAGUGCUGCCCGUCUGUGUGCUGCCAGCCCACCUGCUGCCAGCCCACAUGCUGCCACCCCAGCUGCAGUGUGUCUAGCUGCUGCCGCCCCUCCUGCUGCCUCCGCCCAGUCUGUGGCCGGGUCUCCUGCCACAUCACUUGCUAUCGCCCUAGUUGUGUCAUCUCCACCUGCCCCCGCCCUGUGUGCUGCCCCUCCUCUUGCUGCUGA